AACACUGAAAACAAACACAUUAUGGCAUCCUCUUGACGACGACACAGUCACGAUGUGUGUAUAAUCAUAAUGUACAACUUCUGUGAAAUCGAUGUUUAGACAUCUAGAGUGUAAUAAAAACAUGUUUCGAAGAGUUUAUUAAUAGAAUCACUAAGAAUCUAGAUUAAUCUAGAUAUAGAUUAGUUAGGUAAGAUAACGCGUAGAUUCUACUCUAGGUAGGACUAGAUCUAGGACUAAAACUAAAAGGACGUGUCACGGUCGUAAUCAUCUUGACUUGAAUGAUUUUCAAUCUUGAUCUUCUUUAUUGAAUUAAUUAACGAUUCUUCAUUGAAAAAUGGCCUAUUUACGAACUAUAAAUGAGAGUGAUCUCAAGGGUGAAGAUGAUUCAUCAUACCAAAAAGUACUUCAUCAAGAAAGAAAAUCUUUGGAAUCACAUGACAACAAUUUGCAAAAGGAACAGAAAAAUCGUUCCAAAUCCAAAAAAGAUGAACUUAUUACCAGAUACGCAUCUGACUUUAUGCCCCAGCCUCCAAAAAAGGAAAGAAAAACUCAACCCUUUUUUCAUGAUAACCUGGAAACUAAGGAUUUCAAAGUUAGUCAAUAUAUGGUCAUACCUAGUGUUCCUGCUUAUUCACCAGUAGAUGAAGGAAUGAAGACUGUAUUAGAGUCAAGGCUUAAAAAAUAUCCUUAUGCACAUAAAAAACUUGUCACCAUAGAAGAUAUGAGAAAACCAAAGAUUUCUUUAUUAGGCGUUCUUCCUGUAAGGGCUUGCUCAGAUAUUCAAACUUUGAAUGUGGUGCUAGAAGGGGCUUCUGCCCUUGAAUAUACUUCUGUGGCUAGGGCAGCACCCAAGUUGUACAAUACUCCAGCAUCUUCAUUUGUCUUUGCUGAUAAUUCUUUGGGAGAAAUAAAUGAGACAAAAACCAAAAGUGAUACACAAAGUGCUCCUAGAAAACCUGCAAUACUUCCAGGAAUGGGAACAACUGUUUUAAAAUUAUGUGAAAGAAUGAAACCUAUCAAAAUUUCCUAUUUACAUCAAAGAAAAAAGUCCAAAAGACCAAAGACAAAAAGUCCAAAUAUGGCAGCAAGUUGUCAAUCUUCAUUUUCGAGUACUGAGCUGAAUUUAUCAGACGACACGACUUACACUACUAAUAAUGAGACACCAGAAGUUUUAUUUGCUGGUGAAAGCAUAGAAACCUACAUAGGACUAGAGAAAGAAACAGAACGAGAUGAGCUGACCAGCGGCAAUACAGUAAAAUCUGUGAAAGAACUUCUCGAGGAAGCAAAAUUAAUCUCGUUAGCCACUUCUGAACCAUUAUAUAUAAAAAAUGCCAACAGAUAUAUAUCAAAUAAAGAAGAAGGCCUUCUAGAAAAGAAUCAAAUGGAUAAAGGAAAUAAUACUAAAAGAAACCCAGUAAAAGAGAAUACAAAAAUAAGUAGUCAAAACCAAAAAGAGAAAACGUUCUCCAAUGUUGUUGACACUGUGGAAAUAAAAAGAGCUGAAAGAACAGUGGAUGAAAUUAUUGCCAGUCUUAAGGACCAAACUGCUUACAAUCAAGAGACUGAUGCUGAUAGAAAAAUCAAAGAAAUAAUGCAAAGAGUUAUGUCCAGAACAAAUAUUGAAGUUGAGGAAACAUUUGAUGAAACAAAAACGGAGAGAAAUGAAAGUUCGGCUUUAAUUACUGAAUCUGAUCAAGAACCUGAUAAACAAGUAUCCUCACUUCACUAUUUUGAUGAUGCAAAAUUAGAAAUCGAUGAUAUUCCCACGGCUGAUACCGGUACAUAUAAUUCAAAUGAUCUAAUGACAGAUGAUCCCGUUAGUUUUGGGAGUAAAAGUAUUGCUGACAGAAGUCCUUUGUCAAUUUCGGAACUAAAUUUUACAAAAACAGAUGAUAAUGGCAUUAAGGAAAGCGAAAUACUUGAUGAACAUUUGAGACAGACCAGAGAAGAGAUUAAUUACGAACAAAUGCGCAAUGAUUUAUUGUUACCUCCUGAAGCAACUGUAGAGGAUCUCUUGAGUAUUAAAGGUGAACUGAAAGAGUUUCAAGAGCGAUUACUGCCUUUUGCAAGCACAAGUCUUAAGCAUAAUAGCCUAAUACCAUCUAUUUCUUUCCUAUCUACAUCGGUUACUACAGUCCCUAAAUCUUUUAACAAUGAUAUGGAUUCUCGGAAGACACAAGAAAAGCAAAAUCAUAUUAGUGUUCAUCAUUUUUGUCACAACACUCCAGACUCUCAACUUCCUUUGGAACUUGUACAUGUGGGCAGGAAAUAUCACACCCCAGAUCGUUUUGCAAGUGUUGCGCGUGCACAGCGUUAUCGGUUCAGACCAGGUGAUGUAAUCUUAUCUGCGGAAUGCAGCUCAACGGAUAACUCAGUGAGACCAAAUCAAGAAUCUGAAAGAAUUAAUCAGGCUACUCCUAUGGAAUCAUCUCUAACAAUAUGGCAAAAAACAGCAGAAAAACUACUUGGUGAAACGUUGAUUAUGGUAGCUGGGAAAAUGGUUGAUAUGGGGUCUAAUGAAUCACAAAUUUAUUGGAACCCUGCACCACCCAAACUAGGUACUGCUUCAGACAUUGUAAAGGAAUUUUUGUUUCCUCAGUACCGAGUGGAAGGAUGUGAAGAAUUGUUUGAGAGACAUCCAGUUGAAACAAUGGAGAAAGAAAGUAAUACUAAUGAAGAUAAAGGUGACACAGAAUUGGACUUGGAGAAAAAAAAAUUGCAUGAAAGAACGGUUCGAAAACGACAUAAUUCUGACAAUACUAAACAGAAUUCACGAAAAAAAAAUAAAAAAGUGGACAAAUAUGACUGUAUUUCUGAUGCACAAUCGUGUAACUCUAUUAAUGAAGAUCAACUUGACACAAAUGAGAAAGAACAAACUUAUAGGAGACCUGUUACAGCGCCUUCUCUGUUAGCAACUAAUUAUGAAACCCUGAUUAUACCUCAGGAUUUUAACACUGCAUUACAUGAAAUUAAAGAGCAAAAAAAACUUUUAGAGAAAGUAAAACAGAUGAAACAUAAAGAAGUUGAAAAAAGGAAUCACCAAACCCUAGGAGAGGCUCCAAAUGUUUUACUAAAGAAGGAUAGUAUUAAAUUUGAAAUAAAGAAUGCCUCUGAAAAAGUUAAAGAGGAACCAACACCAUGUGAAGAAGCUAUUCAAGCAGGGAGGAAUUACAUUAUACUACCUAAAAAAAAGAAAAAAAAGAAAGGGAAAAGAACUUUAGAUAAAUCUAAAAUGAUUGCUGCUGAACAAAUGCUUACAACAAAAAAUACCAAAUUUAUUGAGCGGCGAGAAUCCAUGCCCAUGCAGCACAAAAUUAUUGAGAGAGAGUUACGAGUAUCUUGGCAAAUUAGACAUCGCAGAUUUAGUAUGCCCAGUGUUUUGAAUUUUCAAGAGUACAAGACAAGAAAAAGAAUGCCAUCAGAAGAAAAUGAGAGAGAAUGGGUAAGAGGUAUUUGGAACACCUGGUUUGAUGAAGUUUUUCCUCCAACUCCACAUGGGUCAGAUGAGGAAGAAGUCAACAAAGAAAUUAUUGACAAGAAAAUUAAAAAAGAUACAAAAGAAGAAAACAAUCAAUUAAAAAAAGAGGUCAGUCAGAUUCUCUCUCAAGAUAUUGAAGCUAUAGAACCUAUGAAGGACACCAUGGAGAACACUGAAAUCUAUCAGAAAGAAAUUACUAAACUGACUCAUGUUAUCAAUAACAUACAAACUCCAACAGCCUUUGAUUAUUGUCGAAGAGGAGCUCUUUACAGAAAGAUUGGUCAACUAAAAAAAGCUGAAUGUGAUCUGGACAGAGCAAUCAACAUGGAGCCUGACUUACUAGAUGCUUAUUGGCACAGACAUCUUCUGUACAUUUUGCAAGACAAGAAAACAGCAGCUUUAGAAGAUCUCAACUUCAUUAUGAAGAGAAAUAAAAGUCAUGCAGGAGCGUACAGAUCAAUGGCAGAAAUUCACAAACAACAGGAUGAUAUCACCAUGGCAAUCAUCAAUUACUCAUCAGCAAUAAAAUAUAACUCCUUAGAUCAUGAGGCUUACUUUCAAAGAGCUCAGCUUUAUGAGAAGCGAGGAGACAUGCUUCUGGCAAUGGAGGAUUACACAAAUGCAAUAAAAAUAAUGCCAUACCACACUGAUGCUAUCAUGAAGCAUGGAUUGUACUAUUUUGAAAAUGAGAACUGGGGAAAUGCAAUCAAUGAUUUCUCUGAACUUCUCAAAGUUGAGCCUUUCAAUGUCAAGGCCAGAAUUUUCAGAGCAAGAGCUUAUGCAAAGAUGAUGAACUGGGUAGCAUCUCUUCAAGAUUUGAGUGCUACAAUACAUCUAGAUCCAAACAACUGGCAAGCAUUUUAUCAGAGAGCUUGUAUACUACGAAAAGCCAACCCAGAAAAAGCACUUUUAGAUUUGAGUGUUUCAUUGCUUCUAAAUGAUACAGAGGAAAACAUAAUGUCCUAUCUACAACGUGGUAUUUUAUACAAUACUCUAGGAAAGCCUGAAGAUGCCAUUCAAGACUUUGAAAGUGUUCUAAAACUUAAUAAAGAUAUAGCACCUGCUCAUGUUAAUUUGGGACUUAUUUUUAUGAAUAGACAUUGCAACUACCAUAGAGCGAUAAAAACAUUUACUGCUGCUCUAAAAGUUGACCCGACAUAUGUUAGAGCAUAUGUUUGCAGAGCUGAAGCGUAUUAUAAAAUUCAUGAGAUGAAGAAUGCUUUGAAGGACUUCACAAAAGCCAUUCAUUUGUGUCCAGACGUUCAUUAUCAUUAUAUGUAUAGAGGCCAUUUGGUAUUGAAAAUGGGUCAAUUGGAACUUGCAGCUUUUUGUGUUAGUCAUGCUUCUGAAUUGGGAAUCAAGAAUCCAGAGAAGAGUUUUGGAGGUUCUGCUAGUCAGCAAGCUGUUGUACACUCAUUUUUAAACAAUUUUGACAAGGCGGUGGAAGCUUUACAACAAGCAGCUCGAGCUCAGCCCUCUGCAUCCACAUUCAUGCUGCUGGGAAAGACACACAUGAAGGCCAGACAAUACAAGGAAGCUGCAUCUAGCUUUAAUGAUGCUCUAGACAAAAUGAAACCAUGGAAAAAAGGAGAUUCUUGGCCAAAAGAAGCUGCAGAAGCUCAUUAUUUGUCAGGUCUUUGUUAUAUGGAGUUAAGAAAGUUUAGUGAAGCUCAAUUACAGUUUAAUCAAGCCAUAAAAUUAAAUUCUUCUUAUGCUGAUGCAUAUUACCAACAAGGUUUAGCUUCUGUUAAACUAAAGCACCCCAAAGGAAUUCAAGAUUUUAACAGAGCAUUAGCCCUGAACCCUAAAAUUUUCCAGGCUUACUUGAGCAGAGCAUGUUAUUAUGGACAAAAAGGCAAAUAUGCUAAAGCAAUCCUCAACUGUAAUGAGGCUAUAAAACUACAACCAAAAUGUCUUAGAGGAUACUUAUAUAGGGGAGCUUUAAAGUAUUGGAUCAAAGCUUAUGAAUUAGCUAUCCAAGAUUUGACAAAUGCCGCAUCGUUAGACACAGAGUGCCCAAUUCCAUAUUUUAACAGAGCAGUUUGUUAUCAUGAAAGUGGUCAACAUGACAAAGCUUUGACUGAUUACAGUAUAGUCUUGAUGUUAGACUCCAUGCUAGACUUGAAGGUAUUAGUCAACAGAGGAUUAUUGUACUUUGAGAGACAAGAUUAUAUAAAUGCCUUGCUAGAUUUAAAGGCAGCUGCUCAACUCCGUUCAACAGAUCACAGAAUACAGCAUACACUUGGUCUUUGUUUCCACAAACUUGGUAGGUUCAAGGAGGCAGUUCUAACAUUUAACAAAUGCCUCCAGCUAAAACCUUUCUUUUUAAAUGGCUUUAUUGCUCGGGGAAAUGUUUACAUGGACUUUGGCCAUAAAGAAGGACUCAUCUUAGCCCAAAGAGAUUAUCAACGAGCUGUAAGACUAGAUCCUCUUUGUCUUCCUGCUCAUAUUAAUUUAGCUUACGCUGCACAAGUCUCUGGUCAAUUCAUGCAAGCCUGGAAACAUUUUACAUCUAUCAUAGAAGUAAAGGCAGGUUACAAGCCAGCACUUGAAGGAAGAGCAAUAGUAAAUCUUCAAAUGGGCAAUAUUUUUGGAGCCUUUCAGGAUAUCAGUUUAUCGAUUAGCUAUGGACCUUCUGCUGAGUUAUUAACAAACAGAGGUGUAAUUAAUCAGUAUAUGGGUGAAAGCACAUUGGCUAUGCAGGAUUACCAGCAGGCUCUCCAGAUAGAUCCAACUUUUGCACUUGCCUACUACAAUGCUGGCAAUAUUUACUUUCAUUCUCGACGCUUUCAACAGGCUCUGCAUUACUACACAAUGGCCAUAGAAAGUAAUAACCAGGAUGAAUCAGCUUACAUUAAUAGAGCUAUUACAAAAGUUUUAUUGCAAGAUAUUAAUGGAGCAUUCAAUGACUUUGAGAUGGCUGCCAAAUUGUGCCCAUUUUCUGCACAUAUCUAUUUUAACAGAGCCAAUUUACAUGCCUCAUUGGGGAAGUUUCAUGAUGCUGAACAAGACUAUUGUGAAGCUUUAAAGAUCAAGCCUGAUGAUCCCAUGAUGCUUAAGAAAAGGGCAGAUGUCAGAGGUCAUUUAGGUAAACAAAAUGAGGCUAUUGAAGAUUACAAAAGAGCUGUAGCAAUCCAGCUUAGGCCAAACAAGUUGAUUGUGAAUUAAUAAAAGACUCAAUAAGAAAGCUUUUAAUACAUGUCUUCUAGCAAUAUUAAUUAUGCUUUUAAAAAGUUAUUUUAAUGUAAAAUUUCAGUUGUAAUUAUUGCCUGAUUGUGUAAAAUUUUAAUGAAUUAAACCAGUGAUGCCCAACCUAAUUCGACCUGCGGGCCAUUUUAAUUUCCAAAACUCGUCUCGCGGGCCACAUGACCAAAAAGUUACAAAAACUAAAUGAAAUCGUUGUGUACUUUUUUACCAGCACCACUACAUUCGUGUGAUAUUUAACAUUUAUAUUUUUUACGCGACAAAAAAAAAUUUAAUUUCUUUACUUAAAAUGUUAGCAAUAGUGUAGUUGUCUUUAAAAUCGACUCAUUUGCUUGUCCCUUUUUGUCUCCAAUGUCUAGUUGUAGUUAAUCUAUCAUUUAUUCGUGGUUCAAAACAAGGAUGCCGCUAUAUUUAUUUUAUAAUUCUGAUAUAUAUGUUGAUGUUGUAUUUUUUAACAGGCACACUUUCUUUAUAAAACAAAGAUGUUGGCUUAUUAUCAUGUUCCACAAAAAACGUAAAGAUCCGCCCACCGGUCCUGGUAGAUUCUACAAUUUCUGUUCAUAAACAUGAAAACAUUAAAGGUGAUGGUAUCAAUACAUCAGAGAAAAUAUGAAGGCCCUUUUCAAUUAUUUUUUUUUUGGAGGGAGAUUUUCUCCUCAUUGUGUCGAUGUUUCAGCGGGCCGCAUAGAACCACGUCGUGGGCUGGAUCUGGCCCGUGGGCUGUAUUUUGGGCAUCACUGAAUUAAACUGUUUCAGAAAAAUUAUGUAAAUUGUAGGUACUCACAGACCAUAUUCUUGAUUUUUAUAGUAUUUCAUUAGGUAUUUGAUUUUCAAGUCAUUAAUUAAAAAACAUAAAACAUUUGCAAAAUUUUUCUUUUCUAUAAUAAAAAGUUCUUUUAGUUAAUUAAGAAUAAAAUAAUUACUUUUUCUUCACUAUUUUUAAGCAAUUUUAUUUAUCACUAAUCAGCUUCUAACUUGAUGCUUGCAUUUUGUGACCCAUUGAUAAAUGUGUUUAAGGUUUUUUUUUACAUUUUGAGAAUUUUGUAUAAAAGUUGUUUUUUUUUUAGUAUUGAUACUGAUAUGAAAGCAUUACAAUUUAAUUUUGUGGCACACACAAAGAAAAUAUAAUUUUAUAUAGACAUAAAAAAACAUUUAACAAAAUAUGAUUGGAAUUAUGAUGGUUGCUAUAUAAUGUACAUUCAGCUACAUUGAGUUACCAUUGGUUACAGGAAUGGGUGUGUCUAGUUAGGAGAUGAGACUUUUAGCUCAAUAAAUGGUAUAGUGGAUUCAAAACAAUGUUUACUCACUCUAUAAACAUAGGUAACAUACUAUUUUUAUUACCAGGAUCAAAACCUGAGGCCGUUGGUAUGAAAGUUAAGAGCUUAGCACUUGGGUACCAGUACUUUUAAUUUUAUAUAAAGAAAAAAUAUGAGUACAAAAAUGUUGACUACCUUUACUAUUUUAACAGUGAAUAGACCUUGUUUUUAAUGAUUUAACUGUAUGGAAUUUAGCUCUUGUAAAGGAGAGUCAUCCUUGAAGGAUUAAGGGCACGACAUGGCUUAAAUUGUGCCGAUGUGCCAAAAACUCAAACGACAAAUUUAUUUAAUAAAGUAUUUAAAGCAUUUUUUAAAAAUUCAAAUGGUGAUUAAAAAUUAAAUAUAAAAAAACAACAACGUUGUUCAUUACUCUUUAUUGCUCUGUGCUUUGCUCCCAUGAUCUAGUUCUGAUAACCCUAACUCCUUCUUAACCAUAGCUAGUUCUAUAUUUAUUGAUGGCCAGACAAGUGAACAAGUUUACCAUUUUGAAGCAUCAUUUGGAAUACUUGGUUGCUGGUUUGUACAUCCAAACAACUAGUUCAACUAGCUUGAGACUUGAAAUAAACUUGAACAAACUUCUUUUUAAACAAUAAUGAUCAUUAAACUCAAUGUGAGUGAGGGCUCGAGAGGCUCAAGGCCUUGUGAAAGCCCUGGACAAACCUUGCGUAGUGCUGACAGUUCAAGAACUUAAAACUGAAUAUUAAUUUAUUAAUAAAUCUACACAGCUUUCAACUUCAAUGUAGAAAUAUAAGUUUCAAAUGACGUUGAAUAAUUUUAAGUAAGUGCCCUUUAUUUAAGUGCCUCUCUAACCUUUCUGCUUUCUCUAAUCUUUGAAUGGAAUGGGUUGUCAGCCAGGAAAACCAAAGACUUAUCAGUCACAGAUCAACACGAAUGACUAGUUUGACACAUAAAAUGUGUAGGAGGUAACUUUCUUUUUUGAAAUAACUUCAGUAAUCUAUAAGUAAUAACAAACAGUUUCCAUAAAAUUUAAUUAUAUUGUAACGAAUCUAGGGAAAAAAAAACUUAAUGAAGGAUCAAGGUGAAAUGCCGAGAGAUGUUUAUUCACAAUAUAUUAGACGAUCACAAAAAAACAUAAAUGUAUUGUGUUGUCUAUGAGUUCAUUUAGCUCUGGCCUGCAGGGUUCACUGUCGCCGCUGCCUUCCACUAACAUACAGGGUUUGAUACACGAUUCGUUCCACAGUUUCCUCACAAAACUUCUUCCUGACCAGACAACCUACACUGCUUCUCACCUGUGUUGAUUACUCGUCUUUAACAGUGCACUUGUGCGCACCAUAAGCUUCAAUGUAGGAGCAGAGAUAUACCAAUAUUGUUGUAACCCUGCAUGUUCCUCCCAGACUCACAAGUAGAGUUAUUUUUUGUUUAUGCUGUUGGGAGUAAAUGACCUGAACUAGUGUGUUAAUGUGUUAUGAAACUUUAGUGAUGACUUUGGAUUUCUUGACUUUGACUGAGGAUUUGUGUUAGUAAAUCGGGAUAUGUACAUUUGAAUUGGAGAUUGUGACAUUACUUCUUUUUACCGGGGAUAUUGAUUGAUCACAGUUGAAUUAUGCUUCUGCAAUCAGAGAGAUACCAGCGAUCUGAGAAUCGGUGAGAUAUUUUUUUAGUUCAUCCCACGUCCUAACAAAACAAAUUACUGGCUACAUACCUAAGCGCGAACCAAUGUGCGUCGCUGACAAUAACAAAUUUGUCAAUGAAUUAAAUAAUUUCUACAGCCGAUUUGACUGCCACAACUUCUAGAAAGACCACCAUGAUUUAUUGGGAUCAUUUGAAAACAGCAAUCUAAACCAAUCUCAGAACUGUUUAAUAAAGAAGAAGUGACCAAAAUAUUUAAACAAGAAAACACUGCCAAAGCCUCGGGACAAAUUAAGUGGAAAACAUGUAAAGCUAUGUGCGGAACAACUGGCUUAUAUCUUUUGUGCUAUAUUCAACAAGUCCUGGCAAACGCAAAAAAACUUCCAUUUGGAAAUAAUUCCAGUACCCAAAAAAAGAUCAUUGCUUCCAAUAACGACAUACGUCCCGUAGCACUUACAUCAAUUCCAAUGAAGUGCUUGGAGAAAAUUAUUUUAAAACAUGUACUGAAAGAAGCUGAAACACGUCUUGACCCGCACUAGUUCGCUUACAAACCGUCAAGAAGAUGCAAUACUAUUCAUGCUGAAUUGUCUAUACCGGUACCAUCAUCUUGAUACUCAGAGACACUACCCAGAGUAGAUUUCUCAUCCGCAUUCAACACCAUCCAACCACAUCGCAUGAUACAAAAACUAUCUGAAUUGAACGUUAGCAAAAACAUACAAGAUCGGAUUCUAAACUUUCUUAUCAAACGCCCACAAUAUGUAAAAGUGAAAAGGGGAUGUGUCAGGCACGAGAGAGAUUAGCACUGGAGCGCCGCAGGGUGCGUCCUGUCACCUGAGAUGAACUCCUAUUGAAAAAUCAGAGCAGGAAGGACUAGUCCUCCCAUAGUGCUCUGGCAAGAAACUUAGCCGUCCGGCGUAGUGCCUCAUAACUAUCAUACAAGUCGACAAAUGUCUGGAACAGACGUGGUAUCACCACAAACACCAAGCUAGGGGUCUAUAGAGCCGUCAUCCUCCCUACAUUGCUCUAUGCCUCAGAAACAUGGACAGUGUACAGUAAACAUGCAAAGAAACUAAACCACUUCCACAUGACAUGUCUGAGAAAAAUACUAAAUGUCAAAUGUCUGCAAAGCAUUCACACAAUCCUGAUGCAGUCCCAGCUGCGAUGGGCAGGUCACGUCUACAGAAUGGAAGACCACCGCAUCCCUAAACGACUCUUGUAUGGCCAACUAAGCGAAGGAAAGCGCUCGCAAGGUGGGCAAAGAAAGCGCUUCAGGGACACCCUCAAAGCUUCUCUGAAGGCGUUCAGCAUAGACCCAGGCACCUGGGAGACAGAGGCACAUGACAGAGCAUCAUGGCGUCGCGCUGUGAAAACUGGCGCACAGGUUGCUGAGGAAAAAAGACAACGCUGACAGAAGAAAAACGCCAGAAAAGAAAAGCAAGACAAACGACACUAGCUCCAGCUGGAAUAACCUGCCCAGUGUGCGGCCGAACAUUCCGGGCUCACAUAGGUCUCACCAGCCACAUGAGGAGGCAUAAAACCCAGUGCAAAGCCCUCAGUCCCCUGGAUGACAAAGUGGUCAUCAUCGAAACACGAUGGACGAACUAUAUAUAUAUAGUGAUGGGAACUAAACUAAUUUUUUUUAGUUAAACUAAAACUAAGUUUGAACUAAAAAAAAGUAAUUAAACUUUUAGUUAAUCACAAAUUGAAAAAAUUAGUUAAACUAAACUAGGAAACUUUAGUUAAACUUUUACUAACUAUUUUGACCUUUUUUAAGGACGAAACAGCCAAACAUGAAAAAUAUAAAGCACAACCAAUCACUUUAGCAAAAUGUAAUAAACAUUUAUUUGUGCACAUGAAAAAAGAUUUAAAUGUCUUUAUGGGAUAGAUGUAGCCUAGAUCUUAAUAGAAUCACUAGAAUGAUACUAUUAUAGAAAGAAAUUAGAAGUAAUUGUCCAAGUUCUAAUAUAAGUUACCUUUACAAGUAAUGAUAAAACUGCAUGUUGACUCUCUAACUAACUCUAGAUUCUAGAAUAUUCUGGAUCUAAUAUCUUCUACAAACGGAAUGAUCAGAAACAUAAUCUGGAUCUAGAAUUAGAUCUAGCUACUAGACCUACAUCAAAUAAUUAAUAUUUUAAUCUAAAAAUAAUCUAAGAAAUACUAGUUACUACUACUACUACUAGAUCUAAAAUCUAAAUAGAGUCUAGUAGAUAUCUUAGUAACUCUAGAUCUAGAGAUUUUAGAUGAUAAUUAUGAUUAUAACUAGAUAUGGGUAUUUAUGUCUGUAUACUCUAUAGUAAUUAAUACUAGAUCUAGUCUAAUAGAUCUAGUUAGUAGAUAUAAGUAUAAUUAUAAUAGAAGUAGAUCUAGUCUAGAACUCUAGAUUUAGUUAAUUUAGUAUUAGAUCUAGUAUGUGACAACUAUUAUUAGUUAGUUAGAUACAGUUAGUAUUAUAGUCAUUAUAGAUCUAUCAUCUAUGCAUCUUAGGUCUUAGUAGGCCCUAUAAUAUGUAAUCUAGAUAUAAUAUAUCUAGAUCUAAUAAUCUAAUCUAGACUCUAAUUCUAGAAUAGUAGAAUCUCUAAACUAAUAGAUCUAGUCUAAUCAUGGAACUAUACUAAUGGAACAACAGCUCCUAGUUUUUACUAGGGGAGUGCCGUCGCGCAUCAUUUUCACGCAUGGUGCAAUAUGGAGAAAUUCAGGAGGAUGCAAAAGAAGAAAUUUACUCCUCCAGUCACUUGGACUGACCUUCAAUGAGAGUAAAACUUUCCUACGCUUUAUUUUAUUAGAUCUCUAAAAAACUUCAUCCAUUUUCUCACAAUGUUUUGUGAUUUAUAAAAUUUUCCUGAAUAAGGGAUCGUCACAAAAGUUAUUUUUUUAAGGCCACCCCAUUAAAAUAGCUGUUUUCAGUACUUUCACAUUUGGGUAUUUUACACAAAAUCUGGAUUUUUUUUUUAUGUACAUUAAAUCAUUAUCAUCUGUCCCGCGUAACUAAAUCCUCCACUUUUCCCGGUCACCAAUGUUCUUAACAAGAGAGAGAGGCUGGUCCAUUAUUUGCGUAGUCCAGCCAGCUUUUCUUCUGACAAACCUUUUUUCGUUUAUUCUCUUAAAGGAUAUUUUUUUUAAAGUUAGUCUUACAAAAUACAAUUCCAAACCAACUCAUGCAGUUAUCGUCUUUUCACAGUAUUGAGGAGUCAUCCUUUUUGCCAGCCAGAGUGUUAAUUGGCAAAAUUAUUAACAAGUAGAACCAUGCCAACCAGUUCUGAUGAUGUACCAGAAUGGCUCAAGGAUCAUACUUAUACUAUUUCUACUCUCUGGGCAGACAUUAAUAAUAUUGGCAUCCAUUCAAUAUUUAUUUUAUGUUUGGAAAUGCAAGAAAAAGGCAUGCAUUCCUGACAAGUCAAUGAUUGGUUGCACCUCUCAAAGGUAAGAUAACUUUCUGUUAUGAGAAAAGAUGAGAUUCUUGGACUCCUGCAUAGCACCACCAGAAAAGAAAAUCCCAUCAUGUUGCAAAAUAAAAGUCUUGGACCAAUUUUAAUUUGAGAUAUAUAUAUUAUACUGUAAGCUCUAUACAUAUUUAUGUAUAUCCUGUCAUUCAGCCAACAGGUUUGGAUUUAGUAUUUCUUUAAAUCUGUUUGAUAUUGUACUUGAAAACUAUUAAUCUGAGCCACAUUAAAACAAUAGGGAGUGCAGUGAAUGAGUGGCACUUGGCUUCUGAACUGAGGGUUCCUGGGUUCAAUUAAGACUGGGAUUUUCAAUUUCAGAAUUCAAAAGGCUAGGGAUACAUGGCAAUAGUAAGGAAUAAGUAAAGGCAGUUUGGGGAUCCAUGGCUGAAUGGUUAAGUCAUGGGUUUGAAUCUCUGUGAAGACUCGGAUUAAAUUUUUUUAGAUUUUUGGGUGCCCCUGAGUCCACCUAACUCUAAUGGGUAGCUGACUUUAGUUUUGAAAAGUAAAGAUGGUUGGUUGUUGUGCUGGCCACAUGAUGCACUGGCCAAAGAAUCAAAUGACCUUAACAUCAUCUGCCCUAUAGAUUUUGACGUCUGAAAUGGGAUUUUUUUUCAAAAGGUGGUUGGUUGUUGUGCUGGGUACAUGACACCCUCGCUAACCAUGGGGCACUGAAACUGAUAAACUUUAUAUCAUCUGCCCCAUAGAUUGCAAGAUAUGUAAGGGAAAUUUUACUUUUUUAAAAUUAAAAUAAGAAUCUAUCAAAAGUAAACAUAAAAUAUGGUGCAUUCUCCUUAAAACUAAAACCUGGUGCGAAGGUUUAAAAUGUUGGCAAAAAAAAGCAACAUCAUAUAUUCUUAAUUCCCUUUGCAAAACUUACUGAGAAGAACAUGCAUGUUGUUCCCUCAUAAGUUUCUUGACAGAGGAAAUCUUGUUUAUAUUAGAUUUGAAUUAAGCAAAUUAAGAAAAAAAUUAUAAUCAUUAUUUCAAAUGGUUGUAUCUAAACCUUAUGAAUUAUUUUUCUGUUAUAAGUAUAUUGAGAUUAAUGGAUAAUCAUGAAAUUGUUAAAUAAUUGCUGCUAUCAUUCCAUUGACUAAAGAACCAUAAUUUAUUUUUUUUUUAAAUUAAUUUCAAAAUGAUUUUUUUCAAGCAUAGAGUUCACAUAGAUCUUGAGUGAAUUUUUUUUUUUAUUUGACUAAUGCUUCAAUUUUAUUGUAUCAUAUUAGUUGUUAAUUUUUAUUACCCAGAAUAUUUAAAAAAUGAGUACACUAUUUUCAUGUAAUAAUGUAACUUGGUAUUCACACAAUGCUCAAAAUACACCAUAAUCUUUAGACCAUACAGAUUUGUAUAAAUUAACUUGUUUAAAUAAGAAUAAAGUUUUUCUGUAGACAA